UGCGGAGUUUGUUGCUUGGGGAAAACAAAAAAACAAAAAUUGCGGAGUUAGAAGAUCGAUCACUGGCUAUAAUGGCUGCAAGUGACCGGCUACUGUUGUAGGCGGUUCUAAUUUUAGAUGGGCAUUGACCAUAGGUUCAUACCUAUUACCGUGAAGUUUCCAUAUUGAAUAAAGACAAUAAUGCCGAAGUAACUUAACUGGCUGCUGCAACGACCUUUAUACGCUCUCUCAAUUUCUGUAUCUUUCAUUCACCAUAAUCACAAUAUAUCUGAAGCUACUUUGCUUUUCUUAUUCUUAUAUUUCUCUCUCUUCUUUUCACUUCCUUUUAUUCUUAAUAUCAUUCUUUGAUUCCAAAAUUUUAUCAAUUCUUCAUAUCGGUCCGAGUUCUGCAUUUGUUCUUUUUGUAUGUUAAUGUCUAUAUAAUAUUCGGUGAAUUGCCCCUUUGAAGUUCAAAGUUGGGUCACUCCAUUGUAAAGCUAGACAGCACAUUUGAAUCGUCAAAAUUGUGGUGUUUGUUUAUUGGAAUUGAGUAACUCAAGGUCACAGUAAGCAUCCAUGGUCGGGAAAUAUUCCAGUUGGCAGCACUGUGUUGACCAAAAUGGAUGCAAACUCGAUGGUAGCUUAACAGAUCAUCGGCCACUUCCACAACCGCCUGCUAUAUCUCCAUGCUCGGUGCCGGAGGAGGAGGGGGACUUCUCCGAUGCCUGUCUCAAGUACAUAAGCCAGAUGCUGAUGGAAGAGGAGGAUUUGGAGGAUAUCCCUCGCAUGUUCCAUGAUGGCUUGGCUCUCAAAGCUGCCGAGAAAUCAUUCUAUGAUGUUCUUGGUGACAAGUUUUCGUCCCCCAAUCCACACCCUGAUCAAAAUGUUGAGAACCCUAAUAAUAAUUUGGGUAGGAUUUGCAAUGGUCACACCAAUUUGAUAGACACAAACUGUGUAAAUGAUCGUGGAAAUUUCAAGUCUUCUCAUGUUGGCUAUGCCUCUGAGUACAUGUUGCAAUCAUUAGGCUCUUCAAACAGCUGUCGUGAUUCAGUUGAUGAUGGACCAACGGACUCUCCUUUUAAUCAAUUUCCGGUUUCAUAUUCAUAUAGUGAGAGCCAAAUGGUGCCCCGGUUUACAAGAGAGGAAUCAGAAGUUAGCCAUUUCCUCCCAAACCAAACGGCAGAGAAUGGGAGGAACCAUUCACAGACAGUGUCAAAGGAAAAGAAAAGUCAUUGUCUAGAGUAUGGUGAUUAUGUAGAACAAAGCAGGAGUAACAAACAGUUUGCGAGUAAUUAUGCUGAAGAGUCCGUGCAAUUAGAGAUGUUUGAUAAUGUGUUGCUAUGUCCUGGUUUGCACGAUGAGUCCGCGUUGUGUCCUAUUGAUGAAGGCAUGGCAAACAGAGCAGCCAAGAAGUUGCAUCACAAGCCAAAAGUGGGAAGGCCGCGGAAGAAAAUUGGCAACAACAAAUUGAGCGUGGUGGUGGAUUUGAGGACGCUCCUAACCCAAUGUGCACAAGCUGUGGUAAGUAGUGAUUUCAUUUCCUCCAAUGAAUUACUAAAGCGGAUUAGGCAACACUCUAGUCCUUAUGGUGAUGCUGGAGAAAGGUUGGCGUAUUACAUGGCAGACGCCCUUGAGGCGCGCUUGGCAGGCACUGGGCCGGCAUUGUAUGCAGCUUUCAACACCAGGAGGAUAGCAGCAGCUAAUGCCUUAAAAGCUUACCAGGUAUAUGUUUCAGCAUGCCCUUUUUUGAAGAUGUCCUACUCUUUUGCAAACCGGUCCAUUGCCAAAGUAGCCAAGAACGCAACAAGGCUUCACAUUAUUGAUUUUGGUAUCUCAUAUGGGUUCCAAUGGCCCUGCCUUAUCCAACGCCUCUCAGUGAGACCUGAAGGACCUCCCACUCUGCGAAUCACAGGCAUAGAACUUCCACAACAGGGCUUCCGGCCAACACAGAGGGUUGAGGAAACAGGGCGUCGCCUAGCAAAAUACUGCAAGAGAUUUAAUGUCCCAUUUGAGUACAAUGUCAUAGCAAGGAAAUGGGAAACUGUCCGGCUUGAAGAUCUCAAGAUUGAUAGAAAUGAGGUGGUUGUGGUUAAUUGUAUGUACCGGUUCAGGAAUGUGGCUGAUGAGACAUUGUUGGCGAACAGUCCAAGGGACAAAGUUCUGAAUUUCAUUCAGAGGAUUAAUCCACAUAUAUUCAUCCAUGGAGUCCUUAAUGGAACAUAUAAUGCCCCCUUCUUUGUGACACGAUUCAAGGAGGCACUCUUCCACUUCUCGGCACUGUUUGAUAUGUUUGAGGCAAAUGCACCACGUGAUGAUCCGAACCGGAUGCUAUUUGAGAAGGAGGUGUUUGGGAAGGAUGUUAUGAACCUCAUUGCAUGUGAGGGCACAGAAAGGAUUGAGAGGCCAGAGACAUACAGGCAGUGGCAAGUUAGGAAUGCGAGGGCCGGAUUCAAACAGCUGCCACUGAACCAGGAGAUAGUGAACGACGUGAGGAAUAAGGUGAAUUUGGGAUACCACAGGGAUUUUGUUGUGGACGAAGACAGCAACUGGAUGCUGCAAGGUUGGAAAGGACGAGUCAUCUAUGCUCUCUCCUGUUGGAAGCCUGCACGGGAAUAGUAAAAUGUUAACUCAAGUUGUUGCUUUGAAUUGGAAAAUGUUAUUGCACUGCUACUGAAGAAUGUGAGAGCCGGAACAGAAGUAUUACUUUCUUCUUCAAAUUGGACUUGUCUCGUCUUACAUUUAUGUGUGUGUCUGUGUGUAUUGCUAUAGAACAAGUUAUAACCAUAGAUGAUUUUUUGGUUCCGACUUGCCAAACAUCUUUUGGUGACACCUUCACAAACAUCUUUUUCAAUGAUUAAUUCUUGUAUAUAUAUGUGCUCGUAGAUAGAUUCUGAUUAUGAAAUUGGGUUGCUAUGCACUCAAUGUAACAUCAUCCUUUUCCUGUUCUCAUUUCUUUCUAUUAUUUUGUAAUCAGUGAAAAGUUGGAAAUAUAUAAGACUUUGAGUUUAGUUGGA